UGCCAGACCAAGAUUGACGCAGCAUGAGCCCUCCCGUGCGCAUCGAUUUUCUCUCGCACUGCAGCGACGGCGACUUCUUUAGCACGCGCGCGCCCAAGGCCAAGUUCCGCACCGCCCUCCGCGAGUUCCGGGACCUGCUCUCGGACGAGUCGAGCACUGGCUUUGACCUCUUCCGCAGCAAGAUGGAGACGGCUGUGCAUCUCGUUGUCAACGACGCCGUGGGCGGCAACGUCCCGACCUUUGACGUGGCGCUCAACGUGCUCGACAGCCUCAGCCGUCACUUCCAGGCGGUGCGAGACGAGACGGCAAAGGCGUACUUGCGCACCAUCCGCUGGGGCAUCACGGGCUUCCAGGUCUUCAAGAGCAUGGACGCCACGUCUCGCCUUGGCGGCAAUCUGAACCACAACCACGCGACCAUUGCCAACUGCGUCAAGGACCAUUGGUCGGUGAUUGCGUACGUGCAAAUGGAGAUGAUUGUGUGCUGCCUCGAAUGGCUUCACGGUGCGCUCGUGGCCUGGAACGCCACGCAAGAAGAUGCCCGCGCAAGCCGCGCGUCGGCCUCGGAGCAGUCGAGCGUGGCCGACCCGACUGAGCGCCCGUCGACGCCCAACGUGCCCACGGAGCCACCGACGCCGCAGUAUACGAUCGACCCCUCGACGCACAACAUUACCGCGCCGCCCACGGCCAGCAGCGGCCUGCCACGCGCGCCCCCGCCGUCCACGUCGACGUUGGAACAGAUGUUGUCUUCACUAUCGACGGGCCCGUUGCCGCUGCCAAGUGGGCAGACGUCUUUCUCGGGUGGCCCGACGUCGACGGUUGGUCGCUCGUCGCCGUCGACAUCGCGCAUCGUCUCGUCACCGUCGACCUCGCGCAUCGUCUCGUCGAUCGAGUCUCCGUUUGACGAAGCGUCGCGGCUGUCGGCCGCCCGUGACGGACAAGCCGCGUAUCCACCGACCUUCAAUGCACCAUCGCCCUUUCGUAUGUCGUCGCCGUUGCUCUCGAAGCUCGCGACAGACGUGCUGAAGGAGCUCCGUACGCGCAGCUGCUUGGGCAUGAAGCCGCGCCACUACGCCAAGUGCAAGCGAGAGAAUUGGUGCACGUCGGCGAGCUGUAGCUAUGGCCAUACGAAGGAAGAGCUCAAGAUCAUUGGCAUUGCGCGUGCGAUUGCGCGCGGCGGCAUGUGGAAGACGUCGGUCUGCGACAAGUCGCCGAAAUGCCCCUACGGCAUUGGCUGCGACUACCUCCACGACGACGACAAGCGAGAGACGAUCCACGCGAUCAAGUCGCAUGCGUCGCAGCUCGUUGACCACACGUAUGUCACCGACGGUCAACUCUAUAUUGAAUUUUACAACGGCGAGACCGUCACGAUCGCGACGUAGCAACCCACGCAAUCUACUGUAAGGACUGAUUGAUUGCCAUUAUUAACACUGGUUGACUCUCUCGUGUCGAUUCUCUUGUACCUCGAACGAGCCUUUGCACCACGAC